AUGGCCCCUACUUGGACGCACCUCAUUCGAUUCAUCGCCGACGAGGAUGGACAGGUGCAUAUUGGACAGGUGAACGAAACACAAUUCCCUGAUGUGGGCCUUUCCAUCCUGAAUGGGGAGAAAGUGACUGCCAAGGAGAUCAAGGGCUCUAUCUUUGACGGUGUGGUUCAAGACAAAGUUCUCACGGUCGCUCGGAUCUUGGCUCCCAUCAGCAUCGAUGAAGUCCCUAUCAUUCGUUGCAUGGGGCUCAACUACCGCGAUCACGCAUUGGAAGCCAAUAUGCCAAUCCCGGAUGUGCCUGUGCUUUUCAUCAAGCCACGCACAGCUCUGAACGGCCCUCAUCCAGCGAAAAUCAAUGUACCAAAGAUCGCUCAGGAUGGUACCAGCGAUUAUGAGGCAGAAUUGACCAUCAUCCUCUCCAAGGAUGGAAAAGACAUUCCUGAAGAAGACGCUAUGGAUUACGUGCUUGGUUAUACUUCCAGCAACGACGUCAGCGCGAGAGCUCAACAAUGGAAGAACAGUCAAUGGUCGUUCGCCAAAGGGUUUGAUUUCUCCUGUCCAAUUGGCCCGAUCUUGGUUUCUCCAUCAGCCAUCAAGGAUCCACACCAGCUUUCGAUCAAAGCCAUUCAUAAUGGAAACACGGUGCAAGAUUCUAACACGCGGGAGAUGAUUUUCACUAUUCCCCAGAUUAUAUCGUUCCUUUCUCAAGGAACGACGCUGGAGAAGGGAACCAUCAUUAUGACUGGCACAGGGCCCGGAAUCGGCGCCAUGCGUGAUCCAAAGGUGGUGCUGAACCACGGUGAUGACAUUCGCGUGGAGAUUGAGAAGAUUGGGACGCUGGUGAAUACCGUUCACUAUGAAUAG